AUGGCUCCCCCACAGCUUUUCGUCUCCGAAAUAAAGAGUAGGACCUUACAUCCCGAUGAUUGUUAUAAAACAAUCUUAGAAUACUCUUGUGGCCACUUCGAAAACCACCCGGACAUGCCCUACGUUACCCACGUUGGUUGCAAGGGCAGAUCUCCAGCAGCAUGGACAUGCAGCAACACGUCCAACGUGAGCAAAGUCGUAGAAACCAAGAAGGAGUGCAAUGUAUGCGCAUCCGCACCAGCCACCUACAAGGUAUUCCUGGCUACGAAGCCUGAGACGGACGAAGUCGAUCCCAUUGCAUCUAGCCUCCCUCUCAGCCCUGUCGCCGCAGUUACUGCACCAGCGAAGUCGAACAAGUCGAAUGGACCAAAGAUCCCAUUCUUCUCUCCCCCGUCCAGCACUGCACCAGCGAUGUCACGGGCUGAACGUCGCAAGGCCAACAAGGCUGCAGCUCUGCGCCAGGCUACGACUUCACAUCCUAGACAAGGUACAGCUCUAGGAGAGGACGACAGCACCUUUGGCGAGUCUAGCAAGUCUUUCGAGUCAACUCAACCGACGAACGACUUCAAAAACCCAUGGGCUGGGGAGGAUGCCUGGGCAGCAAAACAGACGACUUCGGGAGAUGAGAUGACCGGGGUAGAGAUGGAGGAGGAGGAGGAGUCCAAGGUCGCGGGAUCUGCUAAGUGGUGGGAGACCAAACAGCAACGGGACUGGAAGUAG